AACGGAAUUUGUGUCUGGACUUGUAUUUGAUAAAAUCUAUUAUUAUAGUGGAUAUGAUGGCGGAGCAAUGAGAUAUAAUGAUUUUUUUUAUAUUGACCUAAAACAAUCAUUUUCUAGCUCUUCUCCUCCAUAUCAAUUUAUAAAAAAUUCUUUGGAAUUAUAUGAUAGGAUUGGAGCUGCUACAGUUUCCCAUGCGAAUAAAUUAUAUGCUUUUGGUGGUGAUACGCCACUUCCUAGACUUUGCAAAAUUCAAUCACUUUCAAUGAAUCCUGAAGUCGUAUAUAUUCCAAAUACGUUUUCAACACCAUCUUUAAGAAAAUGGCAUACUUUCGUAAUUGACCAUAUGAAUGAGAAAAUAUAUGUUUGGGGCGGAGUUAAUGAAACAAGCAUGGUCAUGAACUUUUCAUUUCUUAGUUCUACUAAAAAUGAUGGAAAUAUGUAUAUAUUUGAUAUCGUACAGUCUGUUUGGACUUCAAAUCUUACGCCGAACCAACCUAAUGGUCGUUGCCUUCAUACAGCAACUUUUGUGCCUGAUGGAUGGAUAAUUAUGAUCGGCGGUGCUACUAACCCAGAUGUAGGAAAU